CAACAGGCAUUUGCGGUUUUCAUAUUGCAGAAGCCUUUUUAAAUGAUGGAUCCUAUAAGGUGAAGGUUCUUAGGAGGAAACCCGAAGACAAAAACGAGAAAGCCGUUUUACUGGCUUCUAAAGGAGCAGAGAUUGUAUAUGCAGAUUAUAAUGAUAAAAGUGAUCUUAUUAAAGCUAUUAAAGGAACCGAUGUUUUUGUUAGUGCUGUAAGUGGCGAUUGCUUUUACGAUAUUCAAUUGCCGUUUUUAAAUGCCGCCAAAGAGGUAGGCAAGUUUAGAUUCAUGGAAGAAUUGGACAAGAGUGGGCUUGAAUAUACCCAUAUAUAUACCGGACUAUUCACAGAAUAUCUUGAAUCGUUUGGAUUUGAUAUUAAGAAUAAAAAAGCUACAUUCUUGGCAGAUGGAAAUACGAAGAUAUACACCACUACAUUAGCAGAUAUUGGUAAAUACACUGUUGAGUCGCUUAAAGUACCUGAAGCUCGCAAUGGUAAUAUUGGAGUUUAUGGCACUAUUUUGAAAUUUAAUGAAAUGCUUCAAAAGUUUGAAGAAGCGACCGGUAAAUAUUUUAGAAUUAUUGGAUGUGUAACGGGAGUUAUUUGA